CUUGUAGUCAUCGAGGAAUGUGGCCAGCUCUCCUGCGGGGUCUAGGGAAGCACUAUCUUCAAAGAGAUCAGCCUAGUAUAUUGCUAGGGCUGUGGCACUGCGGUCCUAUGGCAGAUACCAAUGGGACUGCAGAUCAGCUUUUUAGAUGACUGCUUGCCUAAUCCAAUCGGCUCCAGGAAAGGUCGAUCCCAGACUCCAGCUCCAGUUCAUGGCUCCGCGGUCCCUUAGCCAUGUUAUACUAUUGCUGGGUGGUGCUGUGGCCGUGCUGGGCUCCAUGCUCUUCUUUGUAUGGAAGGCCUACUUCAGCGACGGCAGCGGGCGGCGGCGGCGACCCUGGUGGGAAGCAGAGCUGAGCCCCUAUGUGGGGGAGCUGGAUCCAGAUGAGCGACAGGUCCUGGUGUUGGGUCUGGAUGGGGCUGGAAAAAGCACCAUUCUUCACUGCCUCUCUGGUCAUGGAGCCAAAGAACGCAUGGCUCCCACCUGGGGUUUCAACUCUGUUCGGCUUCCCACUGAGAGCUUCCAGAUGGAUUUGCUAGAGGUUGGUGGCAGCCAGAACCUGCGGUUUUACUGGAAGGAGUUCCUGAGCCAGGCGGAUGUGCUAGUGUUUGUGGUGGACUCUGCUGACAGGCUACGGCUGCCCUGUGCUCGGCAAGAGCUACAUAUGCUGUUGGCGGAAGAUCCAGACCUGCCUGUGGUUGUGGUAGCCAAUAAACAGGACAAGAGUGAGGCCUUGAGUGUGGCUCAACUGCAGCAAGAACUGGACCUGCAAGCCUUUGGCCAGCGUGAAUUCUUCUUGCUGCCAGCCAGCAUUCCCCCAGCUGGGCCAGGCUCUUCACCCCCAAGUAUUCACCAUGUCUGGACGCUGUUGUUGGACCUUCUCUCCCAAGCUUGACUGGAAAUAUACCUCCUGGGGUAAGGGCUCACCACUCAGCUUCCCACCCAGCCCAGGUCUCCAGCAGUUACGUUAACUUUCAGGUUGGAAAGGUGCUUUCCUGAGGAUCCCUGAAAGCCCUUAAUUUGGAGUCAAGACCUAGGUUCCAACCUAGACUUUUCUAGAUAAUACUUGUUUCUUUAAGGAAGUUGCUUCAUCUCUGUGGGCCUAUAUCCAGAUCAUCUGUAUGAUGAGGGAUUGGACCAAAGUGGUUCCUUUCAGGUCUAAAAUCCUCUGAGGAAAAUAAUUUUGGACCCUGGAUUAGCUCUAUACAACUGGCUUCUUCUUUUCCUUAGGCUCCUGGGCUUAAUCUGGACUCCCAAGAAUAAGAUCCAUGCAGAGACACAUUCUUUCUGCUUCCUGUACCUGGGAUGACUAGGGCAGUGGUCACUUUCCAGGGAGCCCCUCCAGGGUGAAGAUCUUUUUUUGGGGUCUGCUUUCUUACAAUGGCCCUCAGCUCUUGCCACAAAGUGGCCCUUUAGAACCUGCCUACAGUGCCAAACCAUCUCAAAUAGGAAGUGGUUUAUUAAUGAUACUACAGUAUAAUGAAAUAGAGCACUUGAUUUGGAGUCAGAUUACCUGGGCAAAUCUGUGUUAUUUAUAAUCCACAUGAUGGCAAGGAAGUGGCUUAUCCUCCUUGAACCUCCUUCAUCUCUAAUUGGCAUGGGGAUUAGAGAACCCCCUGCCUCACAGGGCCCUGGUAAGGCUCAUAACUUGGUGCUACUGAUCUCAUAGGGUUGUGAAAUAUUUUCUGAACCAUAAAGUACCCCAGAAAUAUAAGCUAUUAUUUAAAUUUUUACUAUUGAGGAAGCAUGAUAUAGUGGGGGGUAGAGAGAGCUGGCCUGGGAGUUUUCCUGGGUUCAAGCCUGCCUUAGACUUAUACUGGCUAUGCAGCCCUAGUUGUUACUUUGCUUCUCUUGGAUUACAAAUGACAAAAGUUGCCUACCUUCAUUGGCAGAAGGUUCUUCCCUGAGAAUUUCCUACACCACUGAAAUCACAGGUCUGGGCCAAUUCCACAAUUAUCUUUUAUUAUUAUUGUUUUUCAUGGUUUGAUUUGCUUCAUGGGUUGUCACAAAAGUGAAUGAGGAAAGAAAAGAUGGUAUGAUUUUUAGGUGGGCCCUGCAGAGAGAUCUACUGGGCUUAGAAUUGAACAAAAGAGAGUGGAAUUGCCUUUGGGAAACUAUAGCACUUUUAAUGAUCCCAAUCUGCUGGCUGCUGCAAAAACCCUUCUUAUGGGUGACAGUGAGGAGACUGAACAGUAAAGUGGUGACUGCAAAAAAGGUACAUAUUAGUAGUAAUGAACUUGAGGAAUGGUAUAGAGUAUUCUGGUGACCAGAUGUGGACGGGUCAUGAAGUGAAAGAUAAGGACAGCCAUGUCAUCUAAAAAAUAUUUUUAAAAGCCUUCCAGCACACCGGACAGAGCAUCUAUGGAACAUGUUGAUGGACGGCAUGCGAGAUGGCUGCAAUUAAUAACAGGUUAAAAUCUGAACCCAUGGAGGAAGUACUUAUGCUAAUGAGAUCUUGGUUUUGUCAAGAUUUCAAAUUUUGGUUUUUCAUCCUUUAAGGUCUCAGGAUCUGACUACCUGAUGUACAGUACUUGUGAAGUUCUUUUUCCUUCAAAUCAGCUGAUAGCUCAUUUCAUGAAAGCUACUGUAUGACAGUCUUAUUCUUAGUGCUGGGAAUAUAGAUACAAAUGGUCCUUUAUUCAGAAGCCUUCCGUCCAGAAAGUGUAAAAUGAAAUCCUCGAAAUCUUAUUCCUUUCCCUAGCCUCCUGGAGGCAGAUACCAACAGUUCACAUCUAAAGUUACUUCUAGGCCCUUGCCCAUCACUGGGCUCUGGCCCUAACCUAUUCUGAUCAAUGUGUUUCCACAUUGGGCUGAGGUAGUCUAAAACAGAACAUAUUAUUAUUUCAGUGAUUAAUAUUGAGUAUAAGUUCUCCAAGGAGGAUCUGCAGGUUCUGGGAGGGGGGAUGCCAAGUCUUGAGCUUACUUGCUUCUUGACCUAGUCAGGGAAGAAGAGUUAACAUUUGUGGACACUAAUAAGAGGCCUUUCCUCUUUCCUGAGGUCUCCCUGUUACUAUAUUGUGGCCUUGGCCAGCUCUGACAUCUCUCCAGCUCCCUUCCUCAGGACUGUGACACUCCAAAACAAGCACAAACCUUGUUAGAAUGAAGAUGGAAGAAUGGAGGCAGCUGUUGUGUAGUACAUUGAGUCGGAAGACCUAGGUAUGAGUUGUGCUUUGUAUGUGACUUUAGCUAAGUCACUUCAUCUUCUUGAGUCCUGUUUCCCUAACUAUAAAAAUAAAGGAGAUAAGAGUAGAUGAACUCAAAGAUUCUGUCCAGCUUUAAAAUCUCAUCUUGUGUAUUCUUCCAGACUAUGGAGAAUGAAGCUAUCAAUGUACUUACUGUGUAUUAACUAUUCCACAUAUGUUCUAAUGGGUUCAGAAAACUGCUUAGUGAAAUCAUGCCAUGAGGCCAGCAGGGCUGGGCUUGAGCCUCAGCCCAAUACAGCAACCCCCCCCAAGUUUGUUGGUGCUGCUACUCAUAUCCUAGAUGGUUAGCAUGGUCGGGAAGAGCAAAAUGACUAAAACUAUGGAUAUCUUUAACGUAAUAGCCUGUUGAAGAGGGCAAGGGAGCUAGUCCCCACUGGGCUUUUAGACCUUUGAAGGCCAUGAAGUUGAAUAGUGUAAUGGUGUCAACUGUUAAUGAACUUGCUUGCAGUGAGAUUUCAGAUCUAGACUAGCUCUGUCUGACACUUAUCAGGCUAGCACUCUCAGGGAAUGCAAACAAAUUCUAAAUUCUAGUAAAAAUAAUCAAAUGUUUUAAAGCCAAGUACAGUGUGAAUUUUAAUUUACCUAUGCCAAAGUUCCCCUUGAAGUACUUAAUAAUCUUAUUGGAAAUAUGUUAAAGCAUAGAAUACUUGUAUUGGAGUCAAGAGGCCUGGAUUCUCUGCUCAGCUCUACUACUAACUGCAUGUGAUUUCAGGUUUCCCCUUUGUUGUACCCCAUCGGGUCAAAUGGAUUAGACUAGAUGAUCCCUAGGUCCUUUCCAGCUUUGAAAUGCUAGGGUUCUAAUCUCUCAAUUCCCCACAUUGACAACUGUGAUAUAAAGCUAGUUUUAAAUGGUCACAGGAAAUAAAAAUUUGGCAUGGGCCACAUCAAAUAAAAGCAAUUUGUUUUCUCCAUUAGGAAAAAUAUCUAUUUCCUUGCUUUCUAGAUUUAAGGGGAAAAAGUUGGGAAGAGUAAAUUUUUAUUAGGUAAAUACAAAGUUACAAAAAAAUAAAUUUUGCUUUCAUAAUUCAGCUAAAUUAGAGGAGCAAGAUAAAAUGAGGUAGUGAAUGAAAGAUGGCUUAAUAAGCUUGGAAGUUUGUCUUAGAGGAAAACAUACUCCUGAUACCCUACUGUCAACUUCUUCUGUAGACAUAAAUGAUCACUGUCACUUGAAAUUCUAAUUAACUUGCCAGUCAUUAGAAAUGUCAUUUCCCAUGGAGUCUUUAUAAAGGUUAAUUUGUGAGACAAAUAUUGAUUUAAGAUAUGUCCUUUGCAAUUUUAGAGGUAUCUGGGUCCUUUAGCUAUCAAUGAUUUUCUGUCUUUCCUUUUGUUUAUGGACCAUGGCUGCCUUAAUUGUAUAACUGAAUAUUAUAUUUGGAACCAGUAUUGAUGUUUUUCCUUAUGAAAAAAAUUCAAUUGAAUUGGGGCCAUUUCAGUUUUAAAAGCUUCACUGGAAAUAUUCUUCAGGCAUGAUGAUGCUCCAUAGGAGAGCCAGAAACUCCUGGGAGCUGUUAUCCAGGCUACAGGGUGCCCAAAGACAGCAUUACCAUCUCUUUUAGAGGUGUCAGUUGAGUUAAAAGCUUUCCUCCUAAUUGGUACCUAAUAGGACCCAACAGGAACAUCAACAUUAUUUGCUAAGGACUUGAAGGGGCCUUUUAGCUGCCUUCUAGUUCUCUUGGUGCUUCUUUCCCCAGAUACUCUUAAGCAAUUUUUCUCGCGCAAGUCUCUAACCCUUAUCCUAUCCAAACUUAGCUCACAAAUUAUUCUGUUAAAACAACCCUGGCAACUGAUUCCUUUUACUGCCUUAAUUCUAUGCAGCUAGUAUUCCCCACCACACCCCCCAUCGUGUCUGCUUUGUUCUAAUUUGUCAUAGAUACCAAUGUGCCCUUCUCCAAUCCCAAACUUACUUAACUUGAAGUUAGAGGAGCUGCAUCAUUGAAAACAACAUUGAGCUCCUGUCUUUAGACUCUAAACUAUAUUAAAAACCUCUUAAGUGACAGAGGACUUAAAAAUGAGAAGGUAUCCAAGAUAUUACCCAACUUAAUGCCAACAUUUUAUAGUCCAAUGUCCAUGAAGGAAUGUGCCCAAGAUCAUGAAGGAAGGAAAUAGGAAGGCUAGGAUCUGAAUCCAGAUCUUUCUUUCCACCCUAACAGUUUAGGCAGUUUAAAUGCUUCCUGAUGGUCUGAAAAAUUUAUCAACUGCUCCUCAUGACUAGCAUCUUUCAGCCUGGUUCUAGAACUAAACCUUUUUCACAAAGGGGGAAGAGGUAAACACAUUAGCAUAUUGCUCUAAACAGAUUUUUCUUCAAAUUAUAUUUACAUAACUAAUAUUCAAGACAUAAACAUACUUAGUAGAGAUGCCAGAGGUAACUUCUUGAGCCCUUCUUCCUAAUCUAUAAAACAAAGGGGCGAAAACUAAUCUACAUAGCCUAUAAAAAAAGUGAAGAUAACAAAAAUGAGAAUAGGGAAGAAUAAAAACUUUCAUAGGAAACAAUUUCAAUAUGGUACUUAUGGCAAUUUUUUUCAGGGUAUGUGUUUUUCUUCUAAAGAAACCUCAUUUUAAGUUUUGUCAAUGUGGGAAACCUAAUUCAUGUAACUCAUUCAGCUAAAUACACCCAUGAAAAUAAUGUACAGUUUUGUAUAUCCAAGGAGAGCUCUUUACACUGCCCCCAGAUGAAGUCUAGAAAAUUAGUAGUCAAGGGAAACAAUGCUGCUUCUGGCCAGGGCUUUGAUAAAAAGGCCUUAACACCCAGAAAUACUACAGACAAAACUAGCUGGCCACAACUGUAGCUUAUAAAACACCAAUUUUAGCUUGGUAUCUCAACCUAUUGUGAGGUCUAGGCAGGCUAGAAAAUAGAGCAACACAGGACAAACAAUGCUUCAACAGAUAACAUGUUGCUUUGGCUAUAUAUUUGGCACUUUAAAAUGUUUGAAUGCCAUUAAACCCAAUGCAUAAUACAAUAGUUAAAAACUAUUAGGCCACAGAAAGGAUCUGGGGUCAGAGAAAGGUUUGAAUCUACCUGUAUAAUGUUGGAAGUCUUGCCACCUCUUUGGGUCAGUUCUUAUCUACAAAAUGGUGAUAUUUGCAGCAUUGAUCCUCAAAGGUUAUUGUGAGGUACUCAGAAGUAAGGUAAGAAAGAAAAAAACACUUUAUAUACUUCCAGUAUGCUAUAUUGUCCACUAUUAUUAUCCUAAACUAUUCUCUGGGUUAGAUCAGCAGCAUUUCCUCUCAGAUUUCUAUAGAUCACAAUCACAUUUUAGUUUUAAUUUGAUGACCAAGCAUAAGUAUGAGGCCUUUUGUUCUCAGGAGUUCUCUGAUGUCUGUUUAGAAAAAUGAAUGGCUAACAUCCAACCCUGAAAAGUCUCCUACCUAAGGUUAUGUUUAACUUUUCUAAGGAGGUGUAACAAACUGGAUUUAUUGGUGGCUGAAAUGAUUGUGAAGCUAAAUGCCAGAAGUACAAAAUAAAAUUUUUUAAACCAG